GGCGGAGGAGGUGGUAACCUCGCUGGCAACGCGCGGGGGAGCCGGAGCCGGCGGCCGGGGACGCACGGCGCUGCGCGCUCUCCGCCCCGCCGCCCGCCGCCCGCCGCGCAGACCCUCCGCCUUCCGGCUCCAGCGCGCCCCGCGCCCCGUGGCCUCUGGGGUCCCGCCGCCCUCCGGGGCUCCCGCCCGGGCCCUCCCCCGGCCCCCCGCGGCUCCCCUGCCCCGGGCCCCCUCCCCCGCCACACACGCGGCCACGCGCGCGCAAACACACACAUUCACACUCACACGCGCUGACACGCCGGCGAGCGGCCGGCAGCUCCGUGCACCGCGUCCCCCGCUUUCCCCGAGCCCGGCGCGGCCCGGGAUGAGAAACUGCAAAAUGGCCCGGGUCGCCAGUGUGCUGGGGCUGGUCAUGCUCAGCGUCGCCCUGCUGAUUCUCUCGCUCAUCAGCUACGUGUCCCUGAAAAAGGAGAACAUCUUCACCACUCCCAAGUACGCCAGCCCGGGGGCGCCCCGAAUGUACAUGUUCCACGCGGGAUUCAAGUCCCAGUUUGCCUUGAAGUUUCUAGACCCGUCAUUUGUGCCCAUUUCGAAUUCUCUGAGCCACGAACGCCAGGAGAAACCUAAGUGGACAUUUAAUCGGACUGCGUUUUUGCAUCAAAGGCAAGAAAUUCUUCGGCAUGUCGAUAUAAUAAAAAAUUUUUCUUUGACCAAGAGUAGUGUUCGGGUUGGACAACUGAUGCACUAUGAUUAUUCCAGCCAUAAAUAUGUUUUCUCUAUUAGCAAUAACUUCCGGUCGCUGCUUCCAGAUGUAUCGCCCAUUGUGAAUAAGCACUAUAACAUCUGUGCUGUGGUGGGCAAUAGUGGGAUCCUGACAGGGAGCCGGUGUGGACAAGAAAUAGACAAGUCCGAUUUUGUUUUCCGUUGCAAUUUCGCCCCCACGGAGGCUUAUCAAAGAGAUGUUGGAAGGAAAACCAACCUUACCACCUUCAACCCCAGCAUCCUGGAAAAAUAUUACAACAAUCUUUUGACUAUUCAGGAUCGCAACAACUUUUUCCUCGGUUUAAAAAAGCUUGACGGGGCUAUUCUCUGGAUCCCUGCAUUUUUCUUCCACACUUCAGCAACUGUUACCAGGACAUUAGUUGACUUUUUUGUUGAACACAGAGGUCAGUUAAAGGUCCAGUUGGCUUGGCCUGGAAACAUAAUGCAACAUGUCAACAGGUACUGGAAAAACAAACAUUUGUCACCCAAACGGCUGAGCACAGGUAUCCUUGUAUACACCCUUGCGUCGGCAAUAUGCGAAGAGAUCCACUUGUAUGGAUUUUGGCCUUUCGGAUUUGACCCCAACACAAAGGAAGAGCUUCCGUACCAUUACUAUGACAAGAAAGGAACCAAAUUCACCACCAAAUGGCAGGAGUCCCACCAGCUGCCGGUUGAGUUCCAACUGCUGUACAGAAUGAAUGAGGAAGGGCUCGCCAAGCUGUCCCUGUCUCACUGUGCCUGAGAACUCCAACAGAAAGUGCCAAACGGCUGUCUAAAAAGUGCCCCAAAUCAAAUUGAGUCGUCUUCAGAUCAGAACCUUAGACAUUCUUAGAAGGACCGUCUGCCCUUUCUGAGGAGAGCGAUCUCCUCUCCCCCUUUUGUACUCACGGCUCUUUGGCGGGUCUUAGCAGGACAGGCCUGGGAGCCAUGCGGUUCACGCUGGAUGGAUACGCAGCGUGUUGCAUUUGGAGCCAUGCUGCUAGCGAAAUGGAAGUAUUUUCAUGUUUGUAUUUUAAUAAUAAACUGUCUCUCCCACUUUUUUUAAAUGAGGACCAGAGCUGGGGUCUCUGCAGCUUUGUGCAGAGAUAGACCUCCUCCUCCUCCUCCUCCUCCUCCUUCUCCUCCUCAGAGGCUUCUAGCCAAUUUGGGCAGGAUGUCGACUUCGCUUGGGUAAGAUCAGACUCUUCACAGUGGAAAUGCACACACAAUCGGUUUGCAUCUCCCAGCUGUCUCACUCUCCCUCGCUCCUGUCUAGCUUCACCUCUCACCUCCACUCUCUCGCCCCACCAUGAUGCGGUUGAGAAAUUGGCUAGGAGCUUUGCUUGCUUGUUGUUGCCUCUGUACUUGAUGUGUUCAAGGCUCUGGGUGAUCUUUGAUGUUUUAUGACAAGCAAAUCAUGAUAGAUACCCUACUGAUGACAAAUGCCUCCUAGACAGUAAGAAAUGCCUCCUAGAUGUCCUCGCUAGUCCUUUUGUGGUGAGUGGCAUAAAAUCCCAUGUAUCUUUUCCUGUCACUUAGCAGGUCGCUAUAGUGGGUUGCUUCCAGUCUCUUGACAUAACUUACCAGGGCAAAUCAUUUUGUUGCUUUAUCUAUGAGGGUGAUGGCCUUCCAGCCUGGGUUUAGUGCCAGCCAUCAUUCCAACCCAAACCUGGCACUAAGAAUUCCCUCUGGUUGUAUGGACAGUGGAUUGGCCUAAGCUCCUGGGACAGAGCGAGGAAAGGGAAGGAGAACGGAUGGUAUUAGAGAGUCCUGUCUACCCUAGAGUGUUAUUACCAUGUUGCCCUUGGAGAAUCAGGAGAGUUGGGAGAUUAUGGAAUUGUUGACGUUGGCCAGGCUCAGAUACCAUUUGCAGCAUGCUAGAUUGAGGUUACCUUCUGCACCGUGAUGUCCACCAGUGCUGCUCCAGAGUGUUCUCUUUCAGACGGCUGCAGAUGCCGGAUGGUCCUCCUUUCCACUGAAACUGGGCAUACCCAGAUGCCAAUAAAGUGUUUAUCAAGGAAAGCCCAUUGUGCUGUAGCAAGAUUUGGUACUGAUUAACCCUUGGAAUUUGAGGUGUGUCGACCUACCCUGGUAGAAUUAGUUGGCUGUUCUCUUUUUCAUUAUUUCAGCCUGAGGAAUAGGAAUUACAUCACUCUCGUCCCUGGCUUUUCACUGAGUAGCACUUUGUUCUUUCCAGUUCAGCCCAAAGUCUGGCCAAGUGGAUGUUAAAUUUUAAUAAGAGUUUCUUCUUUCCAAAUGCCAGUCAAGCACAUUUGUUAUGCAUUUAGGAAGGGUGGCUUGUUCUUUUCCAGAAAUCACUUCUAAAUUGUUUUCAAUGUUACAGAGACUAGUUAAAAAUCAUGGCUGGCAUUCGUUCAGUCAUUGGGUCACUGGCCCUCUUUGGAGAGGAAUGGUCAUAUCCCCCCAUGGAAAUGGAGAGUAAAUUAGACUGAGUCCAUAUGUUCCACAGGACCUCAAGGGGAGCAUCCUAUUCUGAUUUUUUUCCCAGAAAGCUAAACAGAGGAACUUAUAUGGCUCUAGAUACUAAUUCAUGAAAGGAAAACUAGACAGGCUCAGUUUUCCUGUUAUUAGUUGUGUCGUGCCUUCCAAUACCUGACCAAUGACCAUUGCCCAAAGAGAUAAAAUGAAGCAGUAGUGAAUGUUUUGAAACAGGAAACAUGAAACCAACUAGAUACUCGAGAUACUUAGAAAGAAAAAGAUUCACUUUUUAAAUUUUUUUGUUCAUAUUUUAACUUUGGUGGUAUGACUUGAUGGACAUCAUAGCCACACCGGAACUGUUCCCUGUCACUUUAAAGAGGAGAGGGCCACACUUCUCCUGCUGUGCUGUCAGGACCACUGGAGAUGGAUGAGUGACAGGAGUGUCUAGUUGGCUCUUCCUAAGCACUUAGUUCACUUGGUUACAGCUAAGUGAUAUUAAUGCCAAUGUUACGUGGGCCAGAUUCUGACUCUGGAGUUUUAAUCCCAGAGUGCCCAUUAAGCUUCACUAAAUAAAAAUAAAUGCACAGACACUUUGAACCAGGCAGGCUAAAAUAGCAAAAGGCCGAAUCCCUCAAAUUAGCCUAUUGUUCUGUGGUGGACCUUUUAGACUAGAUCUCAUCCUCAUGCCAAGCUUUGGUUACUUUCUUCCCCCACCAAGUUCAGGAAUAUUUCUUAAAGCUCAUCUAACUCUUGGUUCCCAGAGUAGCGUUAAAGGGAGAGGACUACCCCACCUUUCAAUGGUGUCUAUCACUUUCAUGAGGACUCUGUGUGUCGAGGAAAGAGUUUUUUCUCCCAGCACUUCAAAAACUUGACGAUCAGCAUCAACCCAUUUUCCUCUAAGCAAGACCUCCUGGAGCUGAUCCGCAAGCUCAACUGAUUCAGAGGAUGAUGUGGUUUUAAGACCACCUCACUUUAAAAAAUAAUCUCAAGUCAAUUCCAAACCCUGUCCUAGCAGUCACUCACAAUUAUCGUCAUUCUUUACAUAUUUUCAAAUUACUUAUAUCCCUCCUAUUUGCAAAACAUGGAAGGUUUUCUUUUCAUCUUUGGGUCACACCCAGCGAUACACGGGGGUUAGUCCUGGCUCAUGCACUCAGGAAUUACUCCUGGCGGUGCUCGGGGGACCAUAAGGGAUGCUGGGAUCGAACCCGGGUCGGCCACAUGCAAAGCAAAUGCCCCACCAGCUGUGCUAUUGCUCCAGCCCCAAAACAUGGAAGUUUUAUGUGGGAAAUCUUUUGUCUCAGUUUUACGAACUUUUACUGUCAUUGUUUUUAUUAUUGUACCUGUGACUACAAGCAUAGAUUAUAGAUACUCGGUGAUCAUACAGAAGCCCAGUUUGUUGUUGUUGUUGUUGUUGUUUGCUUGUUUGUUUGGGGGCCCACACCAGGUAUUGCACUCAUGAGUCACUCCUGGUUGGUUGAGGGGCCAUAUGGGAUGCUGGGGAUUAAACCCAGAUCGAAUGCGUACAAGUCAAAUGCCCUGUCCAUUGUACUAUUGUCCCAGCUCCUACACGCCCUGUUUUUAAAGACAGAUCCAAAAACUAAACUUUCAUCACCAUCAUCAGAAUCAAAAAAGGAGGUGGCGGGCUUCCUGAUUAGGAAGGCAGCAAUGCAACCAGAAUACCUGGACCUGUUGCUCAAAAGCAGAGAGCUGGGCAGAGGAGACCCACGUUUCCCCACCACCACCACUUCCUGCUUCAGCUGUGAAACCCACCCCUGGCUUUUGCAGAGCCCUUCUUCUCUCUAUUAGUUCAAGGGUAAGUGUGUCCUAUUAUUUUUUAGGAUACCCACCACAGAGUUUAUCCUCUCGGCUACUGGAACCAAUUUCAUCAUAAGGCCCCCAAGGCUAUCUGCACAACAUAAAUGACCAAUUCAGCUGCCCAGGGAAAAUGCCCAGAAACACUUAUCAGCGUGUUUAAUGCUGACCUGCUAGGUUUUUAUUGGUCACCUCCAGGGAAUUGUCGUGUACAGACAUGUAACUCCCAGGGAGACAGGGUUAGAAGGUGGGUUCAAGACUCCCAUAUUCAGUGGUCACAUCACUGCCUCCACUGCCUUUGCUCUGUCUUUGGUGUCCUUGAUCAUUUUACAGUGCUGUGUGCAUAGUGUGCUGUGUGACCAGCAGUGCUGACUGUGACUUCAGUGCCAUCUGUCUGGAACCUUGAUACCAGGUGGCUGACCCUGGCGCUCCUACCCAGAACAAACAAAGAGAGUGUCCCUCAGCCUCUUGUGCCUGCACCUCCAGUUACCCACCAGCAUGAAUUCCAGGCCUCAUCUGGGUAUUCCCCAAGAUGAAAAAAUGGAUGUGGAAGCAUUUCUGAGUGUCCCUAUGCCUGAUUUUUGACACUUGAAAUGGGAAACAUUUUUAAAUGUGGUUAUUACUGUGUUACUCAGAGUCUCUUAAAAUUACUUUUCUUUAUGAUGGUUUAUUAGUGAAGACAGACAUGGGUUUGAAUCAGUUGUGAUCCUCAGUGAGGCUCAUUCUCUUAUUGAUACCAGUGAGAUCACAGCCUGCAGCGGACUAACUGCCUCUAAUUUGAGAUUACAGCGGUGUUAGGGGGCGGAUCUGCAUGGUGCUGCUGAUCCCCCAGCAAACAGAGCUGUGUGCCAGGAGGGGCUCUUUAAAAUACAGUUCUUGCCCCCAGCCAAGACCUUUGACUCAAAAUAUCCUGGGAUAAACCCAGCUUGAAAAUAUUCCCCCAGUGACUCCCAUGUUGGAAACCAACAAUAUAUAGUAAAAUCAUAGAUACCAUUUUUACCAAAAGUAUCUGAAUGCUUAUCACUCCUCACGCACUUAGUAUCAGAUCUGUUUCUUUAUGUCAUUAUGGUACGUAGCAGUAUAGGUGGUUUUAGAGACUCUCCUAUAGCUCUCUUGGCUGGGUUGACUUGUCACUAAUCUAAGUAAAGAGUAACUGGUAGUUUCAUCAAAAUGGUCACAAGCCAGAAGACAGUGCAGAAUAUAGCUUUCCUGCAUUUUACCCCAAGACUAACUCUGGGUAGUCCAUUCUUUUUGUAUUUCAAACUAUGGUCAUCUCAGGUCACGUCUCUUUGCAAAUAGGUUGAAAAACAGAAGUUAAAUAAUUCAUUCAGAUUCUACCUGGAUGUCAUUAUAAAUAUUCCUAAAGGGAUCUGAUUUCUUGACCUCUGAGUAAUGCCCCCAAUUCAAAGGUCCUCAGGUUAGAUUGAAACCCAAAGCCCAAGGAGUUAAAGGACAAAGACCAAUCCAGAAUGUUACGAUGGGAUAUCAGUCAGCAUUGGCUGCUCUGUUCCAGCCUUUGUUGGAUAAAAUGUAAUUAUCCUAAGGGACUAUUGAAUAGUCCUCUCAGCAGUGGCACAUGGGUGAAGCCUUUAACUUAUCUACAGUCUUAAAGGGUUCCUUUGAUUUCCCUUCUGUGGGAUUCAUAGACAGUCUUGGUUCUGAGUGUGCUGCUAAAUGCUUAAUAAUGGACUCCAGAGAAGCCCUAAUUUGUAGCGUUGGCCCAUUUCUGGGGUGUAAAUACUCUUAUCGUAGAUAAGUUCACGUCAUUAACUUGAUGUCAGUUAGCUGAAAAACAUAACAAUAAGAUUUCAAGCGCCCUUGUUCCAGCUCCAGCAUCACACUGCCUGUACUUUCUGACUCGGAGCUCCAACUAGGAGAUGCCAGUAGCAAUGUCCUCACCCCCCCAACCCCCCAACCCCCCAAAAGGCAUUUAUAUGUUAGUUAACUCUGCUCAUUUUUUUGGAGUGCCACAUUGUUUUUAAUCAGAUUACUGUGAGAUGCACAGUUACAAAGCAGUUCAUGAUUGGGUUUCAGUCCUACAAUGUUCCAACACCCAUCGCUCCACCAAUGUACAUUUCCCACCAUCAAUGUCCCCAGUUCCUCCACCUCCCACCACCUGCCUCUACAUGUCUCUCUAUGUCUCUUCGUCUCUCUCUGUCUGGCUCUCUCCCUCUUGCCCUCCCUCCCUCACUCCCUCCAUCCUUCCCACCUCCCUCACCGCCCUUUUGGGGGCAUCAUGGUUUGCAAUACAGGUACUGAGAGGUUUGUUCCUUUACCUACUUUCAGCAUGUAGCUCUUAUCCAGAGUGAUCAUUUCCAACUAUCAUUGUCAUAGUGGUCCCUUCUCUAUCCCAGUUUCCUUCUCCCCCAGCACUUGAGGUAGGCUUCCAGCCAUGAACCAGUCUUCCUGGCCCUUAUUCCUACUGCCCUUGGGUAUUAGUCAUACACUAUGUUGUUUUUUUUUAAUAUCCCAUAAAUGAAUCCAAUCAUUCUAUGUCUUGUCCCUCUCUGACUCAUUUCACUCAGCAUGAAACUCUCCUUGUCCAUCCAUCUAUAAGCAAAUUUCAUAACUUAAUUUUUUCUAUCUGCUCAUUUUUAGUAUACUUUUGGGUCCUUGAGACCAAGGAUUAGAAAUGUUUCCUAGCCCUGAGUCUCAUAGGAAUCUCUAUCCGACUUCCUAUUCCUUAGGGCACCACAUCUCAUUUCUAAGGCUGACCUUCCAGGUAGAUGUGCUGUAAUGAUUGCAGUGUAUUUUGGUUUCAUUUUUUUGAUCUGGGGGGCCACAGCUGGUGAUGUUCAGGGAUCAAUCCUCACUCAGCACUCAGGAAUUACGUCUGGUGGGCUUGGGCACCAUAUAAGAUGACGGGGAUCAAAUCCAGGUUGGCCAUGUGGAAGGCAAAUACCCUACCCUCUGCACUAUCGCUCUGGUCCCUUGAAAUCAUAUUUUCAGAUCUUUUUGGCCUAUCUGACAUCACAAUUGACCUGAUUCACUUAUUUUCCCAUACACUUGCUCCACAUCCUUCUGACACAGCACAAAAUAUUGAAGCAACCAGAAACCAGUACCCACUGAGGACCAGGGAAGAAUAGGAGAGCCGAUCAAGUCCCCUUGUCCCAGCUUACAUGAGAGGAAACUUGGUUCCAAUGUUUUUGCCUGCUGGGGGACAUUCAGCUGCAUCUGCCCUAAGUGGAGUCCCUAUAAGUGACAAGAAACACCAGUAAGAGCACUAUUAGGCACACUCUGAAGAGGAGAAGGUCCUGCUGCCCGUCCUUGGCUAAGCUAGGGCAAGCCUGCUCCUUGGCGGAGUGGGGGGCGGGGGUGGGGAGACACAAAAAAACUUUCCAGUAAGCAUUUGGUCAGGACCUGAGCAAAGCUAGAGCAAGGAUGCUCCUUGGGGAAAAGAAAAAUACCUUCCAGUAAGCAUUUGGCCACUGAGGUCCCCUGGGCACGGAGCAGUGGUACAAGGUUCCAUCUUCCUCAGUUGUAAGUGAGGGCCCUACUUAUCCAAGUACUGAGAAAUCAGAGAGCUUGGUGAGCCACAGAAUGAGUUGUUUGCAAAUUGACCAUAUUUUUUCUGCUACAAGUCUUUGACCAGCAGGUUUAAGAAAAUCCUUUGAAAGCAAUUCUGGGGAAAACAUACUUAAUUCCCCUCCUACUGUACAUGGCCAUAAGGUUAAUUGUAAGUAUAGUAAAGCUAAAUUAGACUCUAAAGUACUAGAAAGAUAGAAAGGAAGGAAGGAAGGAAGGAAGGAAGGAAGGAAGGAAGGAAGGAAGGAAGGAAGGAAGGAAGGAAGGAAGGAAGGAAGGAAGGAAGGAAGGAAGGAAGACCUGUUUUCCGUGCUGUGGCACAAUUCCUACAAAUUCAACAAGGCAUUUCUAAACCAUAAAUGUUUAAAGUCGGGGCUGGAGCGAUAGCACAGCGGGUAGGGCGUUUGCCUUGCAUGCGGCCGACCCGGGUUCGAUUCCCAGCAUCCCAUAUGGUCCCCUGAGCACCGCCAGGGGUAAUUCCUGAGUGCAGAGCCAGGAGUAACCCCUGUGCAUCGCCAGGUGUGACCCAAAAAGCAAAAAAAAAUAAAAAAAAUAAAUAAAUGUUUAAAGUCAACUUACACACUCUCUAAAUUAAAUUUAAAAGGCUGAGUACACGUCUGUUCUCAGUAUUCCUCAAUACUAAACCAGCUCUUUCCUGUUUAGAGUGAGUCAAGUUCAUGUUUGGAUGUUAUUCUGUACUUAUUUUAAAAAAUCACAUGUAACCUGGAAACUGGGUGCAGUUUCAUCUUUGGCUUUUGUCCAGGCCCAAAUGACAAAGCUAGUAUGGAAUGCGAGAAACUGGGGUGCAGGUAGAAAUACAAGGGACACGUCCAUAGCUGAGCAGAAAGUCCUUGGUGGUGGCCUCUGUCUUAACUGUGAACAAAUUUAUAUAAAGCCAGUUCUGAGGAAUCAGUCACUCCACACCAUUUUCAACUAGAAUGGAGGGUAAGAAAGCAGUCGGCCAGGAGAGAAAGGCCUGGUCUCUGUGUGACAGUGGAAUCGCGCCAUCAAAUGCUCACAAAAAAGGAAGCGGAAGCUUCCCUCUGAGCUCUGGAAUCUAGACAGCUUUCCUGAGGCAGAACAACCGGCCUCCAUGUUAGCAAUUGCUUCUAAGCACAUUUCAGGAUCCUUACUCUGCACAAAGGCAGCCUUGCAGCCAGAGCCUGAGGAGGCGUGAUGGAUGAGUAGAGAUCCAAUCACCAAGCCUUGGUCAUGAGCUCUGAAAUUCUCCAGGGAUGCAGGGGAGAAAAUGGAAACACCACAAAAUAGCAACAUCUACCCUCCUAGGACUAUCAAUCUGCCCUGCGCUUCACAGACAGGUCUUAGUGAAGGCCUAGAUUCUAGAUCGCCAUCACCAUGGAGCUAAAGACAAGUGAUGUUCAGAAAGUAGGAAGCAACUGCCUUGCCCCAGUGAGUAACUGGAACUAGAGUCUGUCUCCCAACCAGAGGGUAAGUGACCAGGUCACAUGGUCUCUGCAUCUUCAGAUGGAGAGUGAACGAUGCAUCGGGAAAGCGUUGAUUAAAAGUCAAGGCAAAAUAAUGUGGUAUCUUCUUUCACUUGCCCUGCAUGGUUUCACCAUUUCCUUUUAGCAUCUUUUUAAAGAAGGGUUAGAUCAGUGGAGCAUGAGGAGAGCAGUGUUUCCAGAGUGGGUGAUGUCACCCUCCGGGGCCAAUUCAGGGGGGCAUAGUAGCCUCAGGUGCGAUUGGGGGAGGGGGACAUGUCCUGUUUGCUUAGAGAAGGGAGCUUCCCAGAGGCAGGAGAGUACUAGUGGUUUUGGGGGGUUGGCUUGAUUUGUUUGCUUUUCUUUUUCUGAAGGGGGUUGGGGGGCAUUAGGCCAAAUAAAUUUGGGAACCUCUGGUCUAGACGAAUGAGGAAGCCAAGUGGGAGAAGAGUGAAUGUAAGCAGUUACAGGAAUAAGCAAGCAGUGUGCCAGGACCAAGAAAUGUAUUUUGUAUUUUAAUAACCGUGUCGCCCUCCUUCCUUCCCACGCACACUUGUUUAGGGAAAUGUUCUUCUGUGUGGCGGGGUGGGGGGGCUGGCACGGAAGACAUAACUGCUUCCCAACCACGUCAGAGACUCUCCUGCUCCUUGUAAGAAGCUGCAGCUCGCAGGAAGCCAACUCGCAUCUCUGCUGAGAAAGGCGGCGUCAGAUGCCCUCAGAGACCAGCUGGAACUCACAGGCAUGGAGAGCAAGAGGGCCAGCACCGCGGGACUGAGGGACAUGUACAUAUCCCCUGCCUUCUUGGCCAGCGAGACUUCCGUAGGGGUAAUCAUAUGUAUCGUGACUGUGCUUUGUGAAGAAAAUGCAAUGAUUUGCUUGGACAGCUCCCCAAACGUACCUGUUAGGUGUGAAUGUGCCUGCCUCAUUGCCUCAUGUGCCAAACACAUUACUGGAUGCUUUGUUUUUAAAUAAACCAUUUUAUUGUGCAUUGGAAAACA